UCCCAAAAGAACAGGAGGAAAAAAAAAAGCAGAGCGAGCUACGCGAGCCCCCAAAUCCGAUGGCCGCCGCCGCCCUCCUCCGCCGCUCGCCGGCGGCGCGCGUCCUCCUCUCGCCGGCCCUCUCCUCCCGCCUCGUCGCCUCCAAGCCCCACUCCUCCUCCCCCGCCCCGCCACCACCCCCCGCCUCCACCACCACCAAGACCUUCUCGAUCUACCGCUGGGACCCGGACUCCCCGUCCACCAAGCCGCACCUCAAGGACUACAAGAUCGACGUCGCCGACUGCGGGCCCAUGGUGCUCGACGCGCUCAUCAAGAUCAAGAACGAGCAGGACCCCUCGCUCACCUUCCGCCGCAGCUGCCGCGAGGGCAUCUGCGGCAGCUGCGCCAUGAACAUCGACGGCGACAACGGCCUCGCCUGCCUCACCAAGAUCAACGCCGACAAGGCCUCGGGGGCCUCCACCAUCUCGCCGCUCCCGCACAUGUUCGUCGUCAAGGAUCUCGUCGUCGACAUGACCAACUUCUACAACCAGUACAAGAGCGUCGAGCCCUGGCUCAAGCGCAAGGACCCGCAGUCGCCCGACAAGAAGGAGAUCCUGCAGUCCAAGGCCGAACGCGCAAAGCUCGACGGCAUGUACGAGUGCAUCCUAUGCGCAUGCUGCUCCACGUCAUGCCCGUCCUACUGGUGGAACCCCGAGGAGUAUCUUGGACCCGCCGCGCUGCUCCAUGCCAACAGGCUUCCGCUGUGGGGGACGCUAAUCAAACCAAAACCCAACAUGUUCAUGCACGUACAAGCUCGAGGAUAUCAUGGGACGCUAACCAAACCAAAACCCAACAUGUCCAUGCACGUCCAAGCUCGAGGAUAUCAUGGGACGAUAUCAGAGAAGAGAAACUUGAGGGAUCACAAACGUAGAUUGCUUGCAGCAAAAUAUGAGCUGAGAGGAAAGCUGUAUAAGUCAGUCUGUAGGGACCCUGAUCUGCCGUCAGAUAUGCGUGAAAAGUUUCGCGAUAAGUUGUCCAAGCUGCCAAGAAAUAGUAACAUGACACGCCUUAGGAACCGCUGUAUUUUCACGGGCCGCUCUCGUGGUGUCUACAAGAAAUUCCGCAUGUCUCGUAUCGUGUUCCGCACCUUGGCAAAUAAGGGUGAAAUUAAUGGUGUUAAGAAGGCGUCUUGGUAGAUGUAACAGGACGGUAGAACAAAGAACUAGCUCUGCUGUAGUCCAGUGAAAUAAAGGUUGCCUCUGUGCAAUCUUUCAGUGUUUGAUCCCUGAAACUACCUGUCAAGUUUUUUUUGCCAGCAACGGAUGUGUUUUUUUUCUUUUAAUUUCUUUAUCUAGCUGAACACAUGUAAUGUAUUGUUUUCCAUGCUAUUAAGCAUUUAUGAAGCUAAAGAUUUGAUUGUCCAA